AACAUAUAAAAAUAUCCUACACUGUCCCCAGCUUCAGAAAGCUCAGUUCUUUUUCUCUCGCAUGGCUGCUGAAAAACUCAUCUCUCUCUGGGUCUUCCUUCUUUUACUGUACCCAGUAAAAUCUGAUCUAAACGAUGGUGAUGGUGGACUCUUGCUGAGCGGAUUCAGCGACGGGUUUACUACCAGUGCUGCAAGGAACAACAUGAGCUUGAACGGCGUCGCAGCGUUUGAGAACAACGGUGUGCUUCGGCUAACAAACGACUCGCUCCAAGCUCUCGGCCACGCCUUUUAUUCAAAUCCAAUCCAAUUCAAGAACUCGAGCGGCCAAGUCAUGUCCUUCUCCACCGCGUUCGCUUUUGCUGUAAUCCCCGAGCGCGGGGCAGGCGCCGAUGGCCUCGCUUUUACAAUCUCUCCCACAAAAGACCUUCCUGGGGCCGCUCCAGGCCCUUAUCUUGGCCUAUUCAACGCCAGCAUUGAUGGGAAUUUCUCAAGCCACAUACUUGCGGUCGAAUUCGACACUUUCAAGGACCCGGAGUUGAAUGACCUCGAUGACAACCAUGUCGGCGUCGACAUCAAUAGCGUAGUGUCGAACAAAUCUGUUCGGGCUGUGCAAUUUAACGGUAGUGCUACGAACAAGGUAGACCUUGACUUGAAGAGUGGUAACGUAAUUCAGGCUUGGAUCGAAUAUAACUCGCAGAUGAAUCAAUUAGAUGUAAAGAUUUCGCAGGACUCAGCUAGACCCAAGUCUAUACUUUUGUCCUAUCAAGUGAAUCUCUCGGAUAUUCUUCAAGAAUCCAUGUACAUCGGGUUUUCUGCUUCAACUGGUUCUUACGCGAGCUCGCAUUAUAUCCUGGGCUGGAGCUUCAUCAUGAAUGGAAAUGCUAACAAUCUUUAUUUAGAUAAACUCCCUCAGCUCCCCAAUGGGACCAAAAAAAAUCACACGGGCCUAAUUGUUGGUGUCUCAGUUCCAGGCGCUUUGGCUGUGAUUUUGGUGAUUGCUUUGACGUUUUACAUCGUCAGGAGGAAAAAGAAGGCUGAUGCGGUUGAGGACUGGGAGCAUGAUAUUGGUCCGCAUAGAUUUUCUUACAAGGAGCUGAAGAAAGCAACAGGGGGUUUCAAAGACAAAGAGGUGAUUGGGUUUGGUGGGUUCGGUCGAGUUUACAGAGGAACUCUGCCAAACUCAGACACCCAAGUUGCUGUCAAGCGUGUUUCCCAUGAUUCAAAACAAGGUUUGCAAGAAUUCGUGUCGGAGGUUGCCAGUAUUGGCCGUCUUCGUCAUAGAAAUUUGGUUCAAUUGUUGGGUUGGUGUCGCCGGCAAGGUGAUCUACUACUUGUGUAUGAUUUCAUGCCGAAUGGGAGCUUGGACAAGUACCUGUUUAAUGAUCAGCCUAAAUCAAUCCUGUGCUGGGAGCAAAGGUUCAGGAUCAUCAAAGGUGUGGCUUCAGGGCUUUCAUAUUUGCACGAGGAGUGGGAACAAACUGUAGUUCACAGAGACAUCAAGGCAGCAAAUGUGUUACUGGAUUCGGAGUUUAAUGGAAGGCUGAGUGAUUUUGGUCUUGCUAAGCUAUACGAGCACGGCUCCAACGCAAACACCACCAGGGUGGUGGGCACGCUGGGUUAUUUGGCGCCUGAGCUGUCGCGCACAGGCAAGCCUACAACCAGCUCUGAUGUGUAUGCCUUUGGCGCUUUGCUGCUGGAGGUGGUAUGCGGUAGAAGACCCGUGGAUCCUAAAGCAUCGCCUGAGAAUGUCAUUCUGCUGGACUUGGUGUGGGAGAAAUGGAGGGUAGGAGAAAUUCUUGAUGUUGUUGACCAAAGGUUGGAGGGAAAGUUUAAUCAGGUUGAGGCUGUUUUGGUGUUCAAACUGGGCUUGAUGUGUUCAAACGAUUCGCCUGAGGCACGCCCCACAGUGAGACAGGUGGUGAGGUACCUGGAAGGUGAGUUGGAGGUGCAGGAGGAGGAGGUGGCUGUGCCAUAUAGGAAAAGAAGUGGUACUGCUGAGGAUUAUCUACACUUUUAUCCUACUGCUACGUCGUAUGAUCCUGAAGCUGGUUUAAGCUCGCCAUUUUCAACUUUGAGUUCCAAAGGUGAAUGCAGGUAGGCAAUUAGGCAUGAUUUUGGAUGUUCAGGUUUCCUUUUUUUAACUAGCUAGGCUUUGAAUUUUAACUUUCACUAAAUGGUCACUGUUGUACCUUUUAUCUGGACGUAAAUAAAGUAAUAAACUAAUUACCAUCUCCCCCA